GAACGUAGUUGAUAAACACGGUUUUGGGAACGUUAACACCAGAAUAAGAACACACAUACGUGUUCGGGCAUGAAGUGGGGGAACUCCAACUUUCGGUUGAAAAACUCACAAUGAUCAUGAUAAUUAUGUAAGGACAGGUGUUUGGCGAGGGUACUGAAGUCACAACAUGUUCGUUACUCCAACCGUUUAUUUUUUACUGGAGUGAAAGUGCGCGAAAUAAUAUGGCGAGCCUAACUGAUGUGUUCACGGAAAAGGAAAGGACAAACUGGCUGAAAGCGUGGCUGGCAGUAGACAUUGCAAAAUCUGGCUUAGAGCAUUUUGUUGACAAAGAGGCUCAGAUUGUCCAUGCUGACAUUUACAAAGUUGUCACUUCCAGAUUUGGUACAGCAAAUAUCAAUCAAGUUCGUGAUGAAAUAAAGAAAAGACAUAGGUAUGGAAACGGUUCGUGGAACAACGCAUCAGAAAAGCAAUGGUCAUCUCAUGCAUGGGAAAUAGCUAAAUGCUAUUUCCCCCCGGACGGCUAUUCGGGAAAUAUGUCAGCUCAUGACACUGACUUUAACGGAAUCAUCAAUUUUAUGUUGAACUGCCUUCACUUUGACAGCAAGUUUUCUUUUCCAAUAACAACGGGAAAGCAAACCACUCAAGCACAGUGUCCUUUGUAUAAGGCUCGUGAAAUCGUUAAAGCUGUCCGUCACUCUUCCCAAAUGAAGGUCACAGAUGCUGAUCUCCAAUGCUAUUUUACAACAUUAAAUGAUCUACUGAGCGAUUCACGAUCUCUUGGUGCUGACAGCGGGGCCCAAAAUGCUGUGGUGAAAUUAGCCCAGUUGGAAAAAGAUGUCUUAAGAUUAACUACAGAGGAGAUGAUUCACUUCCUGAAAGCUGUUGAUACAACUUUAAAGCAGAACCUGACAGACGUGGCUGACACAUCAAUGACUGAGCUUCGUGAAUGCAGAGAUUUGUGUUUAAAAAAAAUUGAAGACUAUCUGGAGACAUGUAAACAAGACCUAUCGAAACAGGCAGAUAUGCAUAAACAUGAUAUAGAUGCACACGUCAAUAUACACAAAAGUGGUAUAGAUGAUCACACGGACAAAUGCAAACAAGACAUUGAUAAGCACGCAGACAAACGCAUAAGGGUAUACAAUGAACAGUUCUCGAAUUUUCCUUUCACUGAAACAGCUUACAAGCAUGGCUGUACAGAAAUGCUCCGAUUAUUGACAACGUUUUACAAGAAAGCUCUUAAUUACAUUAUCACGUCUCCACUGAACGAAUGCAUUCGAGAAAAGUUAGGGGACAUUUAUAUGCCACCUAAAGUUCAGCUGAUGACAGGGAACAAAUGGUCAUUUCAGAAGACCGGCGUACACAUCACUAAAUAUAAAAAUAUGAUCUUAACGGAUGGAAAAUUAAACGAGAAGAUUUUUAUCCAAGGCGAAGCUGGGACUGGUAAAUCCACGUUUAUUGCCAAGUUAGCUAUUGACUGGUGCUGUAUUACAACACAAGUUACAGAACAGCUACAGAGUGACACUAUAACCAUAGCUGAUACUGCUACGCCAACGAAAGGCUCUACUUUUUUUCAAGAUUUAAAAACUUUACAAUUAUUCAAGUUUGUCAUCGUCAUCAAGUUAAGGAAUUCUGUAAAGCAAUUGGAAAUUUCAAAAAUGAUCAAAACACAGUUAAUUGACUUAAUGUACUCAUCUGAAGAAGAUCGAGAAAAGGCGAACAAACUGCUGAAUGAAAUAAUGAAACGCGAACGUUGCUUAAUAUUGCUGGAUGGACUGGAUGAAUGGACUGAUCCAGGAGGUGGAUACCUACCGACGUUGGCAGAAUGCCACAACCAAUGCAUUAUGUUGUUUACAACUCGACCGUGGAAAUUGGCCGAAGGGAAAGUUUUCCAUUCCGAUAUCAACGUAUUGGUGAAUUUGGACGGAGUCAAUGAGCCGAUGAAGCUUAGCAAAAACAUCAUGAGUUGUAUAAUUGACAGAAACGAGCUGGAAAACAAGUACGCAGAAUUUAAGCGUUACGUACGGGAACAUAAUCUUAACAAUUUGCUGUUGUCACCAAUGAUGCUUUCUGUAAUUGUAUGCGCAUUUGCAGAGGGAAUGGCAACGAAAGGCUCUAAAUGUAAAUUAUACUGUGUCUUGCUGGAAAGUCUUCUAAAGAAGGCGAGCAGCGAAACCAGAAAAUUUCAAGAUCCGCCCUUUCCGUGUUUUGCAGAGACGCAAUACAUUCAACCUAAUAUCGAACAUGUAAAUCGUCUUGCUGAAGCGGCAUUUCAUUUGCUGUUUUCAAACAAAAGGGAAAAUUCCCUUGUAUUUGGAAUUGAGGAAUUACAGACAUAUCUUGGGGAAGAACACAUAGACGUUGCAUUGAAAUCUGGCAUUCUAUCCGCAAUAAACCAAGCAUCUCUGCUACGAUCAUGUCCUCAUUUUGGUUCAUCCAUAAAAGCGUACAAGAAUUCCUAGCUGCACACCAUAUCGCACGCAAUCCACAGGUACUUGACGGCGUCAUUUCCGGAUACCUCAAACGCAGUGACAGUUCAUACCUUGAUAUCACUGAAGUGUUAAUAUUUCUUUGCGGACUAGACAUUUUGUCUGCAAAUAAGCUUUCUUACAUGAUGGAUAAAUGUGACCAGCUUCAUUACAACGAUAACAAGUUCAACUCCAGCCCGUUUCAGCACUGUGUCCUGUCUGGAUAUUGGGAGGCGGUUGACAAUGCGCAAACAUGUAUUAAUCUUAAACUCAGUCACUUUAUCAUCAAUGACAACGACAAUCAUCGAGAUCUACACUCACUAUGGGUCAUGAAUGCGCCCAAUGUCCAGCUGCUACGUGUAACUGUAUUCUCCAGGGGCCCUCUACCUGAUUUAACGAGUUCAUCUAAAUGUGACAACUCUGCAUCCAGUAUGGACUUUGAACUGUCAUCGUGCCAAGAGCUGAAAGUUCUUAAACUCUAUGGAUACGGCAUAUGUUUGAAAGAUGUUGUCAGUUCGGCCGCAUCGGUAUGUCCAGUUCGGUUUCUACUCAACAAUGCAGAUCCAGCCGAUCACUCUUCUGAAAUAUUGCCCUCAAUUGAACACAUUGAAUUGGGAGAUGUCACAUGUUCCACUACCUGGCUACAAAGCCUGUUCAACAUUCUAAAGACACUCAAGCAUAAUGUAAAGUGUGUACUUGAGGACUGUGAAAUAACAUCACAAAUGAAAAAAUUCGACCGAAUGAUGCGGACACAAAUAUUGUCGUUGUCGUCCUUUAUGUUUCGUUCUUUUUGUAGUUUGGAAUUGAGUAUGGUAUAUAUCAACAGUCCUGAUCUGUGGAAAUUUCUAGAUGGUCUGGAUAUCAAGAGUCUUAGUCUUAAUAGUGAUUUAGUCUGUUCAACAAAUAAACAUGCUGCGUCGUUGGGGCACUCACUAUCGCUUACACAGUUUAAAGAACGUCACAUACACUCAAAAUAUGACGACGCAUUCGGAACAAUACAGUUGGAACAUUUGAUUGGUCUGAAUAUUACGAGUCUGAGACUGAGCAGCGGAUUGAACAGAUAUGCAAAAGAACAUGUAUCGUUGUUUUCUCAGUUUCUAUCAUCGCUUACACGGCUAGAAGCACUUAGCAUGGACAUGUUUGAUUUGGUUCCCAGCCAGUGGAAAGCUCUGCAUGGUCUGAAUAUCAAGAAUCUGAGUCUGUGUGGAAUGUUGAACAGUUUGGCAAAAUCACAUGUAUUUUGGUUUUCUCAGUCUUUGUCAUCGCUUACCCAGCUCGAAACACUAAGCAUGGAAAUGUAUGAUAACAAUUCUGGUCUGUUAAUUGGUUUGCAUGAUCUUAAUAUCAAGAAUCUGAGUCUGACGUGGAAAUGUUCGGCAAUGGAACAUUUAAUGUCGCAGUCUCUGUCUUCGCUUAAACAGCUCGAAACACUUAGCAUGGAGUUUAUUUGGUACAGCCCCUGUCUUUUGGCAGC